AUGGCCAUCCCUCCGCUCACCGAGAAGCAAGUAUACCUCGCGCUUAGAGAAUCUUUCAGCGCACUCCACAUACCGCCUAGCACCGCGAAAACGAUCCGUAAAAAUAUCGAGAAACAUAGGGAUGAAGCCAAGAUUGCGCCUCUAAUCCAGAGAUAUGGAGUGGAAAGCAUCACCGCGGUAGCCUUCGCUCUGUCAGGAGACCAGAUCUUUGCUUCAACGGCGAAAGCGAAAGUACGCUUUCCUGAUGUCUUUGGAGGUCUUCCCAUUGAGCCCAGCCCAUCGACUGCCUCUGCAUCUCAGACUGGGAAGGACGGUACAGCGGCUAUUCAGCCAGCAGUCACCAAGUCCAGCGCUGCAGCAAGUAGUGUAGCAGCUGUGCAACGCGUUGCAGGUACAUACAGUCCCGAAGAAUUCAUGGGCAUUGGCGACAGGCUCAAAGCUAGGAAAGAGAGAGAAAAGAUCGAUAAUGCAUCCUCGCACACGCAGUCAUUCGAUUCCGUAGCCCUACCACUCUGGGACCAGCAUCGCAUCCUCGUCAGAGUCCAAUACACUCUUGAAAAGGUCUGCUUCGACUUCGCGCAGGAGAGGCUAGCUGGGCUUUUACAUCGAGAAGGUUGGGACUGCGCAGAGGCAGUCGAACUCAACCAAUGGGCCAGAACAUUGCUCAUCUACCGAGAAGAACUCAAAUUGGACGACAUGAAAGACGAUGUAAAGCCUUUGCCCGGUCUCAUGGAAUCGAUUGUCCAGCUCCGACACAAUGCCGUCCACCGAGUUCGCCUGUCAUCCAGUGGACUCUUACAGCACCUUACCGAUGCUGUACUUCUUGCGCAGCUUUUACAUAACCAUAAAUGCGGCAAAUUUCUCUCAAAUAUACGACAGAGGGCCCAUGAUGCUAUCGAGGAACUGGUGCGCAACAAGCAGUUACUGGACGGAAGAUUGGCGGACAUUAAGACAGAGUUUGCUGCGAAGAGAGCUGAGCUUGAGCGCCAAGAAGCUGCGUUACUGGAGGCUACGGUGAAAGAGCACAAAACACCUAUGGUCUCUGUGAGCGGAGGUUUGCAUCGGCUGUCGGACGACCAUGGUGGAACUACUGAGCAAGUACAUGCGCCAUGGCUACGUGUGUACGAUGCCGAUCUACCCGAUAAUGGGUCUUCUGGACCUGAAGAUACUACCAGCCAAAGCCCGGAGAGUGAGGCUAUCAAAGGGAUCGAUGAAGAUGCAGAUGUCAUCAGCCCACCGCCCAUGCAUCCCGUACCUACACCACCAGUCGACAAUGUCUUGCUGGAACCAGACAUCCAUCCCGAGCAACAACAAGCCGAGAAAAUUGAAGAGAAUAGUUUAUCAACAAUGGAGGAGGUUUCUGUAGAGCAGUCAGAGCUCGACGUUCACGAGAGCGACCAGAAGCACCCCUUGGACCCUCCACCACUCGACCAAGAUGAUACAGCGACAGACAGUGAGGAGGCAACGGAAGGGCAUGGAAACAGUUUGGAAAAAGCGCAUGCAUCCAAUUGGGAAGACUCCAAUUUCCAGGACAUUGAUGAAGAGGUCUUCUAUGAGCCAAGUACCAGUCUCGCGUCUGCUUGCGUGGACGAAGCUGUAAGCGACGCGUUAGAAGCACAUCAGGAAUCACCUAUCGACGACCAAAUACGAGUCAUAGCCUGGGAUCCGGAUGGCAGCGAAAGAAAGAGACAGCGCAUAGAGUAUCGCUUAUGA